GGGUGACCGCGGCGUCACGUGACGGCGGCGGGGGGAGCCGGGCCCGGACGAGCGCGGGUGUCCCGGAGCGGCCGAGAGCAGCGCCCGGCACAGCCCAGCCCGGUACAGCCCGGCAUAGCCCGGCACAGCCCGGCCCGCAGCGUCCCGGCCCGCCGGAGCCAUCGCCCGGCCCAACCCGCAGCGCCCCCGGCCCGGCCCGCAGCGCCCCCGGCCCGCCCGCCCGCCGCCACCAUGCUGGCGCUGCUGUCCCGACUGCUCGACUGGUUCCGCUCGCUCUUCUGGAAGGAGGAGAUGGAGCUGACCCUGGUGGGGCUGCAGUACUCGGGCAAGACCACCUUCGUCAACGUCAUCGCGUCAGGUCAAUUCAGUGAAGAUAUGAUUCCUACUGUGGGCUUCAACAUGAGGAAAGUUACAAAGGGUAAUGUUACAAUAAAGAUUUGGGAUAUAGGAGGGCAGCCCCGAUUCCGAAGCAUGUGGGAGCGAUAUUGCAGAGGAGUUAAUGCUAUUGUCUACAUGGUAGAUGCUGCAGAUCGUGAAAAAAUAGAAGCCUCUCGAAAUGAGCUGCACAACCUUCUAGAUAAGCCCCAGUUACAAGGAAUCCCCGUUCUAGUACUUGGAAAUAAGAGAGACCUUCCUAAUGCUUUGGAUGAGAAACAGCUAAUUGAAAAGAUGAACCUUGCUGCUAUUCAGGACAGAGAAAUCUGCUGCUACUCAAUUUCUUGCAAAGAGAAAGAUAAUAUAGAUAUCACGCUUCAGUGGCUUAUUCAGCAUUCAAAAUCUAGAAGAAGCUGAAGUCUUCCUGGAAUCUCCAGUACCAGUUGGCCAUAAUCUCAAUUGUCCACUUCCCUCCAUAAUGAGAUACUACCCAAAAAUCCUGUAUCAAGAAUCUGCCUUUCACGGUUCAUUUCUCAUGUGCACUGCUGAAGACUUGUAUUCCUAUUCUGUCACGAAACAACUAGAGUUGUCAUGAUAAAGUCAGCACAAAUAUUUAUUUUACAACCAUCUGUGGUGGGAGGGCUGUGGGGGGGCUUUUUAAAAGAAUAUCUCUACCAUGUUAACUACGAUGGUACACUCUGUUCUGGUUUUUCAGGGCCAGGUUUUUAUAUGAUUUUCAGCAAGUGUUUUAUUUCUAGUGUUUAGUGGCUUGAAGAUGCUGAUGCUUGACAGCAUUAAGAUUCUGUAAGAUGCCACAUACAGUAGUUAGAAAACAUUUAAGCGUGAGUUGUGGGAUACUGAUUGGUCUCACAAAUGCAUGUGAUGUGUGUACGUAAGCAGAGAAAUGGAAACUGUUUGCAGAGGGGAGCACAAGGCAUAGAUCAGCAUCACUAAUCUACAGCUGAGAUCCCGUCACUUGAAAAAGAAAACUCUCUUGGUGAAUUAGGAAAGUCAUCUGGUUCAAAUCAUUCUGUUGCUUCUGUUUAACGUUUAUGUGGGGGAUGGGAAUGGACUGUUCUGUCAAACUUUCAAAAAUUGGAGUAUUCCAGCAUGAAAACAAAUCACUAGGAACAUCAGGCUUCGUUCAAAUACAUUUUUCUAUCUCCAGAUACUCGUGGUCUCUCUCUGAAACCAGAACACGCAUUCUGAGCAGCUGCAUGACACCCGAUUUACUGAUGCUCUUGUAUCGAGGCAGUUGUUGACCUUUAGCACAAUCUGUGUGUAACUGUCAGUGUCUCUCCUGCUCCUGCAAUGGCUGGGCACAGUUUCACCUGGUGCUACGGAAUACCUGGGCUAUUGUGACAACUCUAGACCCGCCUGCUUUCUCCAUGUAACCAUGUGCAAAGCCUGUCAGAUGCAAUGAAAUGUUUUGCUGUGUCAAAGCACAAGAGAGCCAAUGAAUUGAUCCUGUCUCUUGACUAGCUCCUGCAGCUUAGGGAAGUGUGUAUAAACUCAAGAUUAUAAUGUUUCCGUAGCUCUACUUUCUCAGUGACUUCAGCCUAUUUAAAGGGACAGCUUUGUUAAGACUGGUUUGUUCAUCCAGCAGUGUCAGUGUAGCUACUCGUGUGUGCAGAUCCAUGGUGCAGCUGCUUGUGUUGCCUCACACUGUGUGUGAUUCCUCACCUCCAUGUGGUUUGCAUCCCCUGGGAGCCUCGGGCUGGGAGCAGCGUUCAGCGCCCUCGGUUCUGACAAGCCAGUGUUAAUGCAGACUGCCAUGGCCUUACUGUCGUGUCCCAGCUCUGGCACUGCUGCACAGACACUACACGCUGCCUGCCUUCAGUCUGAAGUUGCAUUUUAACUUUUUGUCCCCUUUCAGUUCUCUGAAGCAUGAUUGCAAUUAAUCCAUACUCUGGUGCUGUAGAGGAGAGGGUGUAUUAACUUGCUACUGUAGUCCUGAGUUCACCAGAACUGCUACAGUUACUUUUAUUUAGCAAAUUUGCUUGUGCCUAUAAUAAGGAAACUAAACUAGAAUGUGUGAAUCUUUGUGGGGGACCAGGUCACUGUUUAGUUAACUGGCCUAUAGCUAAACUUGAUGUGUUUGGUGUUUAUCUACUUCACUGCUUUCAGCGUUUAUGGCAUCCAAACACUACCAAUGUUAACCUGUGCAUUACUCUCUGCAUGUGAACAACUUAUACAAUUACUGAACUUUGUAAAUACGUGAAUUUUUUUAUUUAGGUGGAUGCAUAUGUUGGUUUACUGCUCUUCAGCUUUAUUCAAUAAACUUAUGUUUUGAGGGUUGUAUUGACACUUAACUGCCUGACUUGAGUUGAUGUGGCUGAACUCAAAAUGGAAUACCACAAUGGGAUGUCUGUCUCCUCUGCCAAAGAUUACAGUGGGGGAAGAAGGACUGGUAAAUACUGAGCUGAUUCCUAUUCUGUGGUUCAACUAUUCCAGUGAAAUGCUCCCAAAACUACCUUUGAGGCCUGGGGCUUGCUCACCUUACCUGAGCAAGCUCAGAUAGUCAGUCUGAGCAGAUUUCAGGGCUUUUUUAUGUGUGUGAAAAGCACUGGUCAGCUGCAGGGUCUGAAGCAGGGGCAGCCUUCUGGAGCUGUUUUCAGGAGAGAAAUGCAUGUGUCUGCAAGCUUGGUUCUUGUGUGGAGCCUAGAGUAAAACCUUUGUUUUUCUAGCACAAGUGUCAGAUCUUGCAGUGCCUGAUCAUUUACUGCCAAUUAAAGCAGAAAGGUUCUUAUCUUAGUGGAAAGCGAGGCUUUUGUUGACUAAGGUCUUGAACAAAAUCUUUGCCAUGAUUUUAAUCCAAAGUUUCACUGACUGUUCUUCCCAAAGGUUUCUGCUGUAUUAAUUUCUCUUAGGACACUGAUUAAUUUAUAGGACUGUCUGUCAGCAUCUUCCAAUUAAUGGUAAGAAAUUGGAUGUCUUGUUUCAGCCUUGUCUCCCUGUGAGCUUUCAAACUUGCUGAGCUGUAUCAGGUUAGUUUUUAGUCCUCAGUGCAGGUCUUUGAGCAUCCUUCACGUGUAACUCAGCUGGUGGGAAGGACUAGUGAACUGUUAAAGAUUGUGUGCAUAUUUCUUUGGGAGUUUCCUGCAUGCAGAACAAGCUCCCUGUAGUUCAUAGUCAAAGUAAAAUGUCUCUAGACACAAAUCUGAAAACAGUGUUAGUGCACUAAGCCUUGUCAGCCAGGUUGGUGUGAUAUUAGUACCAAUUAUUCAGUAAAUCAGCUGUGGUAUGAAGUGGCCCACAGCUCUUUGCUUGAUGUGGUAUUUCAGUACCAGUUUCUAGGUGUAAAUAGCAGGGAGAGACAGAGGUGUAACAGCAGAGACACCCUGUAACACGUGUGUGCUCUAAAAGGUACAUUUGCAAUACCCCCCAGAAUGCCCCCAGCUGGGUUUCACAGCUCUCUGGUACUGCUCUGCCACAUGCCCUCAGUUACUCCUGUGGCAGGAAGGAGACCUCAGAGUGGCUGUUGGAUUCCACUGCACAGGGUUACACUUAUUCUGUUUCUGGGCUUGAGUAACUUGCCAGGUACCUUUCCUUUGAAACUAGAGUAGUGGAGGAAGUGUUUCCUUCUCAACACCUUUUCAGCCUUGGACUGAAAACAAUACUCAUCUGGCAUAUUAUGUCCGAGGUUAAAUCUUUUCUGGCCUAAUACAGGUGUGGAGUUCAGGCAUUAGCAGUGGUGUUUGCUGAACUUGGAUGCUGUAGCUGUGUUCUAGAAAUGUAAUUUCACCAUGAUUACUUGUCUCAGGCUCUGCAGUGAGCAUGGGCAGUAAAAAGAGGCUGAUUAAAUUUCCCAUUCUCUUCACAAAAGUUGCUUUUGGGGAUGCAUUUUAGUUUCAUAAGUUACUGCAUUUGACAUCAAUGGCCAUAGUCCUGAAACUCCUCCGAUGCAGGUCUUGGCUGUUGGCAUAUUAAGAAAAGCAGCUCUUGUGAAAAGGCAGACACUGAGCCUGAGAGAACUCGUGGUGGUGAGUCCCUGGAAGCUGGACAGCAGUCCUGCCUCUGUGACCUGGUGGGUGUGGGCAUUGUGUGCUGUCCUGGCCUUUAAAUCAGCUCAGUCCCUGGUGGCUCUGUUCUGUGCAGGUGCUGCUGCAGCAGCAGUGAUGAGAUGAGGAAGGGCUGUGGGAGAGUUUUCCUUGCAGUGUCGCUGUCCUGGUCAGCGUGGAUGGAGCUCCUCCAAGUGCAGUUAGAGAUCAGGGGAGUUCCCAUCACCCAGGGACAGCUGAGGGGCUGGGCAGCUGCACAGAGCAGCUCUGUCCCACCACAUGGCAACAGGAAAGCUGCACAAAUGUGGAGCUGUGCCAUGAUCUGUGGAACCAAUCGUCCAGUUUCUCAAUGAUUUAUGUCUUCUCUUUGCACCUUGAUGGAAACAGGUUGGAAAGAUUUUGGGUGCUGAUAUCAAACUGCAUAAUCUUCACUUUCUGGUAGAAGUAAAGGCCAAAGAAAAUGCCUUAAACAGUCUCUCUGUUGAAUCUCAGAACGUUGUGCAGGGAUCUGUAAUAAGCUGAGGUAUGGCUUAGCAGGAUUAUCAAGCUUUUAACUUCCCUGAGGUUUCCUUUGUCGUGGCCGUGGCUGUGCAAUGGCACGUCCUGGUUUGCUUUGUGCAGGAACUGUGCUCCCCCAGCAUGCCCAGCACUGCUCCCCUGCCUUGCUCCUGCACUGACCCUGACGAGUGUGGAUCCCAAAAAGGGGUGGAGAGCAGCAUAUUCAGCUGUUUCUAAGCUGACACGGCCAGUGAAUCACGUUAAAGGAGAAGCAAUGUGUGAGUGCCUGAGCUUCAGGGCUUUAGUUCCCAAAACGUGAGUGCAGAACAACUUGUCUCACCAGACCAUGACCCUUCAGAGAGUGCUCUGCUGCUUUAGGGCUGCAGCUGCUGGAUGUUCCCGUGUGUCUUGGUGAAACAGAAGGGUUUUCUCAUGGCAAACACGGAAUGGCACUCAGAGGGGCUUUGCACAUGCUCUUUAAAAGGAGAAGUGAAAUACUUGAUGUUUUUAUUUCCCUCCCAGUGGAAGGUGGGUAAGUAGACCUUUGUGCCAGGAUUAGUGCCUUUUAAUUAUGACAUGACAGGUUUUAUUCUGUUAAAGGCAACAUCUAUCAUUGUGAUAAUUUUGAAGUGCUUCAAUAAAGUGUUGUUGAAAACCA